AUUUGAUUGAAAUUCCGAUGCAAAUCUGGUGACAGCGCGUUAAAUAAUGAAUUCUUGACGGAGAAGGAAAAAAUCGGUUGAGAAUAGCCAAGAUAAGACAGCAGAGUUUGAAUAAGUAUUUCUUGCACGAUGACCUGACCUAACCCCACCACGUGGUUCGCGGCGCGUUCGACGACCGGAUUUAAAGUCGAGUGGUAGGAAGAAAUUGCAUAUAGUUAUCCUCUCGUAACUCACUUUCUGGAUUCAUUUGCUUGAGCACUCUCAUCCUCUCGUGGCAGAUUCUCCGAGUCCGAAAACCCGGGAAUCUCCGCCCGAAACUGACGGACGUCUUACCCAGUGACCGUAAUUUUCACCUUGGCGUUUUCACUUCUAACCUAAAUUCACUUUAUUCACUCGUGUCGCGCCUCGUCCGGAGACUCAAGUUGAACUCUCGAACUGUGCAGUGAAAAAAUAUAAAUAAGGAGCAAGAAAGAGGUUAGGAAAAUCGAGCUCGGUCGUUCAAUUUCUGUCACCCGGGGUCGCGUAAAGUUCACCGGUCAAUUGAGACUUCGUCGUGACAUCGAGAGCAGUUUAGUAAUUUAGUGAUGUAAUCUGUCGAGGAAGUGCUUAUAAAGAAGAUACAUUUUCUGAAGAGACCGAGUCGAAGGAUGACAUUGUUCUGACCGAAAGAAAAACGGUAAGGGUUCGGCGAGACUUCCGUUUUCAGUGCCGGAUUUAUCGAAAAUUAUUUAUUGAUAGAAAGUGUUACUUUUUCCCUGAGGAUACGAGUGUAACAAGUGCUGAUUUUUAUUGCUUUUUUAUUGUUUCGAACUGGAAGGAUACUAGACUCGGGAAAAGAUUAUUGUACAUACCACCCUUCCUUCACCUUUAAAUCAUCAUGUGGCCCAAAGACGUCGGCAUUAAGGCGAUGGAGCUCUACUUCCCGGCCCAAUAUGUGGACCAGGAAGAGCUGGAAAAAUUCGAUGGCGUUUCCGCCGGAAAAUAUACGAUUGGAUUGGGCCAAUCGAGAAUGGGAUUUUGCACAGACAGGGAGGACAUCAAUUCUCUCUGUCUGACAGUAGUUAGUCGUCUGAUGGAGAGGUACAGAGUGAAACCAGAGGACAUUGGGCGCUUGGAAGUCGGGACCGAGACGAUCCUCGACAAGAGCAAAUCUGUCAAGUCCGUGUUGAUGCAGCUUUUUGAACCCUCGGGUUCCACGGACAUCGAGGGCGUUGAUUCGACCAAUGCCUGUUAUGGAGGCACUGCUGCUCUCUUCAAUGCCGUCUCCUGGGUGGAAAGCAGCGCCUGGGAUGGACGUCUUGCGAUCGUCGUUGCCGCUGAUAAUGCAGUUUACGCAAAAGGUAGUGCCCGACCGACAGGUGGCGCUGGAGCAAUCGCAAUGCUCGUGGGACCCAACGCCCCGCUAGUUCUGGACCAAGGACUCAGAUCCUCCUGUAUGAGACAUGCCUACGAUUUCUACAAGCCAGACCUCCGUUCCGAGUAUCCGAUCGUCGACGGAAAACUCUCGAUCCAGUGCUACCUCAGCGCCCUCGACACCUGCUACACGAGAUACACCGACAAGGCCAAACGGAAGAACAACGCGACCAUUUCCCUGAAAAGUUUCGACGCGAUGCUCUUUCACUCGCCCUACUGCAAACUCGUUCAAAAGUCCUUUGCGCGACUCGCCCUUGUCGAUUUUUUGAAUCUCCCGAAGGCGGAGGCCUCGAAAAAAUUCCCAGAACUUGCCGCCUUCGCGAAUGUCAAACUGGAGGAGACCUACUUCGACCGGGACGUCGAGAAAGCCUUCCUCGCGGCGAGCAAGGGCGAUUUUGAAGAGAAGACAAAACCGAGUUUGUUGAUUGCCAAUCAAGUCGGGAAUAUGUACACGCCUUCGGUCUAUUCGGGCCUUGUUUCUCUCCUAAUUAGCAAGCCAAUCGACGCCCUUGCCGGGAGUAAAGUUGGCGUCUUCUCCUACGGAUCCGGACUCGCCUCGAGUAUGUACUCGAUCAGUAUUUCCCGAGAUGUGAGUCGGGAUUCGGAACUUGUGAAAAUAAUGACAAAUCUUGAGCGUGUGAAGAGAGAGCUGGAAGCGAGGGAGCAACUUUCCCCGGCCGAGUACACGAGGAUUUUGGAUGUGAGGGAGAAAAAUUGUCACGCGGCGCCUUACGAGCCGAAAGAAAGUGUCGAGAAUAUGUUCCCGGGGACGUAUUAUCUCAACAAGGUCGAUGAAUUGAAUAGAAGAACUUACAAGAGGGUUUUAUCAUAAAAAAUUUUAAAUUUCGCGCCCGAAUUGUCUUUGACACACUUGAACAUAACCUCGAAUUUUUGUAAGCCAUUGUGGCGCGAAAUUUGAAAAGAGAGAUAUUAUAUUUUUGUUUUGAAUGGGGGAGUUUUUAUUUGAAAAUCACGAGAGUGCGCGAUUUUUUCGGGCUCGAAUUCUGCGAGAACAUUUUUUAUUUAUUCAAUGAAGAAUAGCUUUUUCUAUACAAAUUGUUGAUGGAAGUUUCAGAGUUUUUUUUUUUUUU